AAAAAGUUGGGGGAUAAUUCUCGAAUCGACAUGUCGUCAAUAAAUGAUUUGAGAGUCUAGGCAAGAAGAAAACCGAGAACUGCACGAACAAUUUAUAUGACAUGUCGGCGUUGGAACUGUCACCACUCGGCUUCGCUUGAUUAGCAACCAACUAGAUAACCAUGGAGUCGAUUAAAGCUUGAUCAAAAUGAAGGCAAUGGCAGCAACUUCUAGCCGUCCCGUUCAGAUUUCCCCAUGGACUUGCUGUUCCUCAUUUCCCCGCCAAAUCAACACUUUCAACACACAGCACCGGCGUCUUAGCUUUACGAACUUCAAAGGGCUAGGAAUCGGUUGGUAUAGUUGUGGAGUUUGUGUACGGUCACCUGGUUGCGUGGUUGCUGCUGUAGCGGGACGGAAGGAGAGGGAGGAAGCAUCUUCUGUGUGGGAUGAGAAGCCUUACGAAUUGCUUCCAAACGGAAGGAUACAGUACAUAGAUGAACUAGAUGUAGCAUCCUUUCUAGAUCCGCCUAAAGAGCUUAUACCAUUAGACCCUGCUUCCUAUAAUCCCGCUGCGUAUCUUUGGAAAAAGAUUGAGGCUAUUCCGGAGGAACGACGACAUAGACUUUUGCACCUCCUAACCCCUAGGUGUAUAUCAAGGGCCUGGGGAAUUGCUGGCUCGAGAUAUGAGGAUCCAAAGUUAGUUAAAAAAAUGGCAUCUAGUUUGCUGCAAAAUGAAGAUGGCAUGGUGCUUGAAUAUUAUAACUGCCUGAAAAGUGGAGGACAAAUACCUAUUGGUUGGAUUAAUCGUUUCAAGAAGGCAAUCUUUUCUUGCAAGGAUGGAAAGAUAUAUGGGCGGAUUAUUAACAUGCCCUUACUAGCUGGAUUUGCAAAUUCCUUUAGUCCAUUGUACUUUGAGGUGAAACAGCUUAAGGAAGUGAUGUCAACUGAACAUCCUUGUGACUUGGCCUUUGAUUUUGGUGAUGGGCUGUUCGAUAUUCAUGAAUACCCUGAAGGCUUUCCGGUGCCAGCCAAGCAUCUAUAUCCUUUCAAUGAUCAAGUUGUCGUAUAUGUUCGAUAUUUGGGACCUGGAGUGUUAGUUGGACAGGCAUGGCAAGAAGGAAAAGCUCUGGAGCAGGUGCCGCAGAAAUUAUGUGGUGAAAUAUUGAUGAUCAAAGAUUACAAUCAAUAACAUCCACUCCAAAAGUAAUAGCCAAGGGAUUUUAUUCAACUCUUCCCUUUGAGAAAAGUACUUUAUCACGUUUGUAAUGGAUCGGUAUAAAGAAAAUAAUCAAGUUUUGUUAGUUGAUAUAUAUAAUAUUAAAUUUACUUUCA